AUGGGAAUCCUUAUAAAUACUGAGUCAUCUCAGAUUCCUGCUGAACUUAAAGAUAUUCUUCAGCGUAUAGAUGAUAUUAAACAAGAGCUUCAAUCAUUAAGUCAAGUGCUAUCUCAGAAUAAUGUUAAUAUGGAGACGUCUUUAAUAGAUGAAGAAGGCUUUCCAAGGUCUGAUAUAAAUAUUGUUGAAGUACGAAUGGCAAGAGCACGAAUAAACAGGCUUAGAAAUGAUUAUCGGGAAUUAACAGAUAGUAUGGAGACUAUACUUCAUGAUAUUCAUGUAUUAAAUGGACCUUCAAUUGUUCAAGAGCCUAUUUAUAGGCCUUUUGCAAAGGUUAACUAUAUUAUGCAUAAAUCACCGGCUUAUUUGGCAGGGCUUCAUGAAGGAAGUAUUUUAUUAGGUGAUUUAAUCAAAAAAUUUGGUACGGUUCAUGCAGGAAGUCAUGAUACAAUAUCAGCAGUUUCACGACUUGUUCAGGCAUCAGAAAAUAAAGAAAUAGAAAUAUUAGUUGUUCGAAAAAUAGAUAGUAAAGAAACAGAUAUUAACCUUGUUUUAAUACCUCAAAAAGACUGGGGAGGAGGUGGAAGCCUAGGUGCAUAUAUUGUUCCUAUAAAUUCAUAA